CGCGUGGCCGUGCGUGCAGCCACGCACGCCGUGCAAUCGCUCAUCUGUACGCAUGUGCAACCGGAAGGGCCGCCAGUGAGAUCCCAUGUGCAAACACACCUGCAGUCACGUGAGCACACACACGAGAUCACGUGUGCAGUCACGUGGGCAACGCCAGAUGUUCGCACACGCGAUCACGAGGGCAGGCAGGCGCGCCCACGCGUGCGAGCCCCCGUGCAAAGAUGCUGCAGGGACACGUGCCCCGCCCUGCCCGGCCUCCACCUCCCCCUGCCGGCUUCACUGCCCGCCGCCGCCGCCAGCCCGCGCCGCCAUUGGCCAAGCGUCCCCCCGCGCCAAGCAACGCCGCUGCGGAUUGGUCGGAGGGAGCGCGGCGCCCGCAGCCGCUUCGGGAGCGCGGGGGGCGGUGCGGGCGCUGAUUGGCGGGCGGGGCCGGCGCGGGAUUGGGCGGGCGAGUGGGGCGGGGCGGCCGAGGGGCGGGGCGAAGCUUCCAGAAGGGCGCGGGCCGCGGCGGGAGAGGAGAGGAGCGGAGCGGAGCGGGGCGGACGAGCCAUGAUCCUGGCGGCGCCCAGCGGGGCCGCGGCCGUGGCCGUGUCCGUCAGCAGCAGCCUCCGCGCCGCGCGCGCCGCCAAGCGCUUCCCGCGCGGCCUCACCCUCGCCGAGCUCAAGUGCAAGCUGGAGCUGGUGGUGGGCAGCCCCGCGUCCUGCAUGGACCUGGAGCUCUACGCACCCGACGACAAGUUCAUCAUGAAGCUGGACAGCGACGAGGCCUUGCUGGGCUCCUACCCCGUGGACGACGGGUGCCGCAUACACGUUGUGGACCGGAGCGGGGCGCAGGUCGGCGAGUACGAGGACCUGUCGAGGGUGGAGAAGUACGAGAUCUCGGACACCAGUUACGAGAAGAGAGCGGACUCGGUGCGCUCCUUCCUCAAGCGCAGCAAGAAGGGCCGCUUCAACGAGGAGGAGGUGGCCCAGAAGGAAGCGGAGCAGGCGCAGAAGCUGGCCGAGGAGAAGGUCCUGGCCGAGGCCAUCACGGUGGGCGCCCGCUGCGAGGUGCGCAUGGCCGGGCAGCCCCUCAAGCGGGGGACGGUGAUGUACGUGGGCCUCACAGAGUUCAAGCCGGGCUACUGGAUCGGCAUCAAGUACGACGAACCCUUGGGGAAACACGAUGGCAGCGUGAACGGCCAGCGCUACUUCGAGUGCCAACCCAAGUACGGUGCCUUCGUGAAGCCGCAGCACAUCACGGUGGGCGACUUCCCCGAGGAAGACUAUGGCCUGGAGGACGAGAUGUGAGGGCGGAAGGGGGUGGGGGGAGAGGCCGAGGCUGCCCCCCGCCCCUCCCCACCCGCCCUUUCACGGGGCCAUCGCGGCGCCCCGAGCUGCUGGGCUCAGACCUGGGCGGCGAGGCGGAGCCGCGAGAAGCAGCUGCACUCCUGCUUGUAUCCGUUUGUUCAGUGAAAGAUGCCACUACUCUAUUAAUAAUAUUUAUUAUUUUGCCCCCCUUCCCCACCCGCCUAACACCGUGAGACUAAUAAACCUGCCCAGAUGUAUCUGACCUGCCCACGGA